AGUCACAGAAUGAACACCGUACGAGUUCAAAGUGCUUUUAAAAGUUAUGGAAUUGGCGCAAGUCAUUGUGCUGUUCUUAAGAACAUGAACAUGAAUGUAUCGCCAGGAUCAAUUUAUGGAUUGAUUGGGUCGUCAGGAUGUGGAAAAACAACGUUGUUGUCGUGUAUUUUAGGAAUGACAUGUUUGGAUAGUGGGAAAAUUGAAAUUUUCGGUCAUGAUACCGACAAAACGGGAGUGACGAAGCUUGCAACGCGAAUUGGAUACAUGCCACAAGAAACUGCACUUGUUAAUGAAUUAUCAGUCAAAGAAACGUGUUUUUACUUUGGAAAUAUUUUCCAAAUGGACAUGGAAAAGCUUAAAGAGAGAUACGAGAUGAUAAAAUGUUUAUUGGAACUUCCAUGUGAUGAUUUUCUGGUUGAAAAUUGUUCGGGUGGAGAGAAACGACGAGUUUCAUUUGCUGCUGCAAUUAUUCAUGAACCAGAUCUGUUGAUUCUGGAUGAACCGACAGUUGGACUUGACCCUUUGUUAAGAGAAAAGAUUUGGGAUUUUCUUGUGAAUGUUACACGAUCAACAAAACUUUCAGUCAUCAUCACAACUCAUUACAUUGUCGAAGCACAAAAAUCUGAUCGUGUUGGUCUUAUGAGAAACGGAGCUCUAUUGAAAGAAGACUCACCGAGUCAUAUUAUGGCAGUUUGUGGUGUCAACAGCCUUGAAGAGGCGCUUCUUAAUUGUUGUCUUAAUAAACCACAAAUUGAAUCAAACAUCGAUGAAGUAAUUGAAGUUGGUCGUGAAGAAAUUAAAAGUGAAAAAGAAGAAUUUCCCACAAAUGUCUUGAAACGUAAAAGAUUCAGAUGGCAAGUUGUGAAAGCUUUGUUAACCAAGCACAUUACACAUUCAAGAAGACAACCAGCUGGAAUUAUUAUGAUGGCAAUUUUACCAAUUUUCAAUGUUUUUAUUUGCUUCAUGGCUUUGGGUGGAAAUCCAAUUGGUUUGAAGCUUGCUGUCGUUAACAAUGAAAUAUCUUCUUAUAAUGAUUGUCUUGACACUUCAUUGACAAAAGCUUUCAUUACAGAAGAGUCUUGUGUUGUUGAAAAAUAUUCUUGUCGGUUUCUUCAUGAAAUUGACGACUCAAUUGCGAUAAAAAAGUUUUAUAAUUCAUUCGAAGAAGCUUACAAAGAUGCCAAAGAUGGAAAAGUCACCGGAAUUGUUGAAUUCAAAUCGAACUUUUCAGAAUCUAUCAGAGAAGUUGAUUUUGAUUUCAAGUCAACAGAGAUUGGUUCUUUACAAAAUAGCAUAAUUAAUGUUUACUUAGACCAAACUGAUCUGCAGAUCACAACUUUCUUAACCAGAUCAAUUUAUUCUGCUUAUAAAAGUUACAGUGAACGUUUGAUGGAGAGCUGCGAGCUUCCAACGAAAUUAAAGAAUUCUCCUUUUACAUUUCAAAAGCCAAUUUAUGGUAAAUUAAAUUCAGAUCAAACGACUUUCAUGGUGAUGGUCUCGAUAAUUCAGAUGGCAUUUUUCACUGGUGCUGGUUUGACAAUAAUCGUGUUCAUUACUGAUCGUCGUGAAGGAUUUUGGAAUCGAUCGUUAGUUGCGGGAGUGAAGACGAGUGAAUUACUUUUAGCACAAGCAAUUGCUCAUUCAACAUUUAUGACUUUUUAUGUAGCUGAAAUGUACAUUACAGCAACUCUACUGAUGGAUUUAGAGAAUCAAGGAAGCAUGGCAUUGUUAAUUUUGAUAGGAUUAAUGCACGCAUGUUCGGGAUUGGUUGUUGGUCUGCUGUUGUCAAUUUAUUGUCCCAACAUGAUGGUCGCUAAUGCUGCAAUGUUUGGAAUUUCAAACAUCAUUGGACCAAUUUCAGGAAUUUUUUGGCCUUUUGAAGGUUUCCAUGUUAGUCUGCGAUACAUUUCAAUUUUUUCUCCAUUCACAUUGCCAACAAUUUCUUUACGAGAAGUGAUGACAAAAGGAUUUAACAUAUUACAGCCUUCAGUGUAUCAAGGUCUUUUAGUUUUAUCUCCUUCACCUCCUUCAUCACUUCGAAGUCGUCGCUUGUCAUCAACCAAGAGCGAUUUGAUAAAGUUUGAAGUGGAAUGUUUGAAAUUUGUUUUACAAGAAACUGUUUAUAAAUUAAUUAUUGCCAAUGGUGGUGAGAAGUCAAGCGUUGUUCAUCCUUCUGAGUCUAAAAUGCCGAUGAAGAUUCGAUAUCGUGAAUCACGUGAGAAAUUGUUUCAUGAAGAAACUUUAGAACCGAUCAAUGAAGCGAUGGAACGCAUGAUUUUUGUGAAGUUGGGCAACGAUGUUAGUCGAUUGAGAAAGAUUCUUUCUGAGACGAUCGACGAUUUAGACCAUACGAACGAUUUUAGAGGUCUGAAAAUGCUUAUUGACACUGAAAUCCGUCUUGACGCUGAAGAACGAAUCUUGAUCGCAGAAAAUGCAAAGUCUGAACAUUUUUAUCGGUUUCUCGAGAAAAAGUUCGAUGAAGAUACAAAAAUGUAUAAAAGUAAAGUGAAGGAAAUCGAUGAUCGAAUUGCUGAUGUUGAAAGCGAAUUAAAUGAUUUAAAAGUUGAAAAUAAAAUAAAAAUUCAACUUCUUGAUGAUUGGGAGGAAACUCGUUAUAGUCAAAUUAAUUUUAUAACUGAAAACAAAGAGAAACAACUGAAAGUGACAGCUGAAAAUUAUGAUAAAGAAGCAUCACGUGAAUUGCGUUUGAAACAUGAGAUUGAAAAAGAACAGACGAGACAUUACGAGGAUUUGACAAGUCAAUGGAAUGAAAAAUAUGAGAAAGAAGUGCAACAACUUGAUCAACGAAUUGGCGAGACGAAAGAUGUUAUGAUAGCUUUGAAGCUCAAAUAUGAUGACUUAGUUGAGCAAUUCAAUAUAAGAGAACAAGAAAUUCGUAAUUAUUUGCAAGAAAAGAAGAUCAAAGACGACGAAAUUAUGGAAAACGAAAAGAGACAUCAAGCAGUCGUAAAGAUUCAAGCUUGGUGGAGAGGAAUAAUGGUUAGACGAGGACUUGGUCCAUAUCGACGAAAGAAGUCAAAGAAACCAGCGAAGAAAGGUAAAGGAAAGAAAAAAUAA